AUGGAAGCCAGUUUAUCUCAUCGGCGCAGUUUUGUGUCUCACUCACUUGUCUGUCUCACUCGCUUAUCAUUCACGUUAGUCGAGUACUUCCGAGACCCCAAGAGGCUGCGUCGAUUCCCGGCCUUCAAGCCAUUGGCUGGCGUGACCAACCUGGUUUUCAUGCGCGAAGCUGCACUCGGCUUCCGAUCCAAGACCCUCUACGAGAAACACAAGCAACAUCCCGUGCUUCGAACUGGGCCCAACUCACUUUCGUACGGCACAGUUGAUGCUAUCAAGGACAUCUACGGGCACGGAACGAAGUGCCCCAAGGGUGAAUUCUACGAAACCUUAGCAGGAACCCACUUCCACCUGGCCGAUGUCGUCGAUAAGGCCGAUCACGCUAGAAAGCGUAAGGUUCUGUCGGCGGCGUAUGCGUUGAAGAACCUCAAGAACUGGGAACACAAAGUCGCUGAUAAGGCCGAACGCUUUAUUGUCGGUUGCGACAAGGCCUGCACUCAGCCCCUGAAGGAGGUUCUCCGUCCAGACCCGGCUGACAUUGCUUUCGAUUACAGAGCGUGGGCUAACUAUUUCAGUCUCGAUGCCAUUGCCGACAUCGGUCUAUCUGAGAAACUUGGAUUCCUAGACCAGGGUCACGAUCUUGUGCGCGCCGAGCGCAUGGAUGGAUCCAUUCACGAGGUGAACUACAGAGCCUGUCUGCAUUCGACCGCCAUCGCCCAAUCGAUCACCGUUUGGGCGGGUGAUUGGUAUAAGUUCAACCAGCGGCUAACGUCUUUGAUCUCGCCAACCUUUCGUCGAUGGUGGAACCUGAACAAGGGAUGGGAUGGUAUCGUCUAUCACCGUGCAACCCAGCGACUCAAACGCUACCAGGCCGGGAAGAAGCUGGAAGAUUUCUUCCAGGCUUUGAUGGAAGACAAGAACGGGACUCCCAAUGGGCUUGACUGGGGCGAAAUUGUCGCGGAGGUGUCCAUCAUGAUGAAUGCCGGCUCAGACACGACGGCUAUUGCCAUGAACAACGUCAUGUACUGGUUGCUGAAGAAUCCUCGGUGCAUGGAAAAGUUGCGCGAGGAAAUCGAUGCUGUUAUGGAGCCCGAGGAAGUAGUGGCACCGCACGAUAAGAUCAAGCACUUGCCGUACCUGCGAGCGUGUUUUGACGAGUCACUCCGGAUCGUGCCGCCAACGACAUUUGGUCUUCCGCGAAGAACUCCCCCUGAGGGAGCCUGCGUCCUCGGAGACUUCAUUCCUGGUGGUAGGACGGUUUCCAUUUCGGCGUACAUCGUCCACAGGGAUCCCAAGAUCUUUCCGGAGCCCGAGUCAUACGUCCCGGAGCGCUGGCUCGGUGACAAGGGCAAAGAACUGCAACCAUACUUUGUCAGCUUCAGCGCCGGUGCGCGAGGAUGCAUCGGACGGAACAUCAGUUACCUUGAGCAAACGGUUCUGUUGGCGAGUGUCUUGCACAGAUACAACUUUGCCUUGCCCUUCCCAGAGUGGGAACCGGAGAGACGGGAGGCUAUGAACCUCAUGCCGAGCCCGAUGCCUUUGAAGGUUUGGCGCAGGGAGUUAAAGCAAGAAGAAUGA